AUGUCGACUUCACGGGCAGAGAAUGUGUACUUAGCCAAGAUAGCCGAACAAGCCGAACGUUACGAGGAAAUGGUUGAGCUCAUGGAGAAAGUUGCCAAGACUGCAGACACUAAGGAGCUUUCUAUGGAAGAGAGAAACCUCUUGUCUAUCGCUUACAAGAACGUGAUUGGUGCGAGGAGAGCUGGGUGGAGGAUCAUUUCUUCCAUUGAACAGAAGGAAGAAAGCAGAGGAAACGAAGAACAUGUCUCCAUGACCAAGGAUUACAGAGGAAAGAUCGAGACCGAGCUCAACCAAAUCUCUGAUGGAAUAUUGAAGCUUCUGGAUUCUCACCUUAUCCCCACUGCAACUUCGGCUGAGUCCAAAGUGUUCUACCUCAAGAUGAAAGGUGAUUACUACAGGUACCUUGCUGAGUUUAAGUCUGGAGCUGAGAGGAAGGAUGCUGCAGAGAGAACUCUGGAGGUUUACAAGUCAGCUCAGGAUAUUGCACUUGCUGAAUUAGCUUCUACGCAUCCAAUUAGAUUGGGACUUGCCCUUAACUUCUCUGUUUUCUACUACGAGAUUCUCAACUCGUCUGAUCGCGCUUGCAACCUCGCAAAACAGGCUUUUGAUGAAGCAAUCUCUGAGCUGGACACCUUAGGAGAAGAAACAUACAAAGACAGUACUCUAAUAAUGCAGCUUCUCCGUGACAACCUGACACUCUGGACUUCUGACACCAAUGAUGAGGCGGGUGGUGAUGAGAUCAAGGAGGCGUCAAAAGAUGAGUCGGUAGAAGGCAAACAAGCUUAG